UUUAAAUUCUACCGCCAGAGUGAGACACUUAUCCGGGUGUGGUGUGAAUGGCUGAAAAUUUCCAGUCUCCAUUUGUUCAUUGUUUGAUUCACUCCAGUGUGAAAGUUUAAUUUACCUAAUUUUCUAUCCAUUUAUAGGUAAAAAAAACUUAUUAAGUGACAAAGAUGUCGGCACGUAAAACAGCAGGUCGUCGUGCCACCACGAAAAAGCGUGCACAAAGAGCAACAUCAAAUGUUUUCGCAAUGUUCGAUCAAGCACAAAUUGCCGAAUUCAAGGAAGCUUUCAAUAUGAUUGAUCAAAAUCAUGACGGUUUCAUUGAUAAGGAAGACCUUCACGAUAUGCUGGCAUCAUUAGGUAAAAAUCCAACUGACGAGUACUUGGAGCAAAUGAUAAACGAGGGCCAGGGUUCGAUAAAUUUCACCAUGUUUUUGACACUCUUCGGCGAGAGACUUCAGGGAACUGAUCCCGAGGAUGUAAUUAAAAAUGCUUUCGGAUGUUUCGACGAAGAAAAUAAUGGACACAUAAACGAGGAACGUCUUCGUGAACUUUUGACAACAAUGGGUGAUCGAUUCACUGACGACGAAGUAGAUGAAAUGUAUCGAGAGGCGCCAAUAAAAGGAUCAAUGUUCGAUUACAUCGAAUUCACACGAAUUCUCAAGCACGGAGCAAAGGACAAGGACGAACAGUGAGAAAAAGCGUGAAAAGAAAAAAAAAAAUGUUCGUAGAUGAUUCCUUUGUUCACUUUUUUUUCUAUUAUUCUUUCUACAAGGAUCGAAUUGAAAAUGUUUUCUUUUUUUCGAGACCUUAUAAUACUUAAUCAGAUUAAGCAUUUCAUUUAAUCACUGAGUGAUUGCAAAUCUCCGCAUAAAAUAUUUACUACGGUUUCCUUUAAUUUAUCACAAAUCGCUGCCUAUUGCAGUUUUUGUUUUUUCUCUUUUGCAAUCCGUCCCCCUUUCAUCAUUCCUUUUUUUUCUUUUCGGGGAUAUGGAAACAAUUGUCUCUUUAAAAGAAGAUUUUUUGAAAUUAAGGGAUUUAUUGCACAUUGUUUCUAGAAGAGUUGGUAAUUUUAUAUGCAUUUUUAAAUUAUUUCGAGAAAAACAAAUUCUAUUAUUAUUUAUCGAUAGCGUUUUUUUUGUAUAAAAGCGAACGCAUUGUAAAGUAUUUUUCACUUAUACAUUUAUAGAUAUUUAGAGUCAUAUUUACCAAUGAAUUGGCGUUUGUAUUUUAAUAUUUACAUUAUAACAAUUACAGUUGA